AUGCUGGAUAACCAGUUCCCCUGGCUCGUAGAUUCACAAAGUUUACCCGACAAUUAUCACACUGCACUUGCUACGUUAGAAAGAACUGAAAGAAUGCUUAAGAAAGAUGACCAAUCGGCUAAGAUGUACAAGAGCCAAAUGGACGAUAUGGUCGAUCGUUGUGUAGCAAGAAAACUAUCAUCCGAAGAAGUAAAAAGCUGGACUGGCCCUCUCCCAUUUGGCAGUUGUAAACCCGCAUUCCAAUUCUACGCCCGUAAGAAUUGUGUUCAACUCCAGCCAAACGCACAAAGGUGUUUCGUUAAACGCUUGCCUCGCAAAAGGUCCAGACAGCUACAUGAACAACCUGGUUGGUAUUCUUCUACGUUGGACAGAGGAAAGAGUAGCGCUAAUCGGAGAUAUUCGAAAGAUGUUCAACUCGGUUUAUUUGAAGGCCUUGGAACAGCAUUGUCACCGUUUCCUAUGGCGAGAUUUAAAGCAGCAUCGCCCACCAGACAUUUACGUAAUACAACGAGUCAACAUGGGCGAUACACCAGACCCCGCCAUCAGCACAGAAGCUGUCUACAAGACCGCGGAGUUGUAUCGAGAGGAUAGUCCACAAGCCGCAAAUCUCCUAAAACAUUCCAGUUACGUGGAUGAUUUGAUUGACUCACGUCCAAGUAAACCCGACGCGUUAAAGAUUGCCAAGGAAGCCGAGGAUAUCCUUACCAAAGGAGGAUUUGCUGUAAAGGGCUGGCAAUUCAGUGGCGAAGCACAACCUCGCGUGAAGGAAGAGUUGUUAAUGGACCUGCCAGAAAAGAGUAUUGAAAGCUAA